CGAUGGUUUUCAUCUCUGAAACUUCCGACGACGGCUCCAAUGGCGGCGAUCCAACCAAGAAUCCGCAAGAAGAAGAAGAAGAGAAUCUUCCUCCGAUUCCUCAAGGAAUCCCAGACGAACUCAUCGAAAGUACCGUCUUACUAAUCCGGAGAUGUCAUUACCCGACGCUAUCUCUCCUCUCCAAAACCUUUCGUCGCGUUAUCUCUUCUUCGGAACUCUACAAAAGCCGCUUCAUCCUCAACCUCACCGACUCAGUUCUUUACGCCUUGAUCGGAUUCUCUCCUUAUAAUACCACAAACUUGUACAUUCUCAAUUGUAACAUUCCAAGAAACAUCUCUUUACACUUGAGAGAAAUCAAAUCACUUCCUCCUCUGAAUCAUGGAUCUGCGGUGGUCACAAUCGGAUACCAUAUGUAUGUAAUCGGUGGACACAACCGCCUACAUCAACCCACAUCGAAUGUGUCUAUCAUCGAUUUGAGAUUUCAUACGUCUUGCUCGCUCCCGAGAAUGCAGAGAACUCGCGUCUACGCAGCUGCAGGAGUAAUUGACGGAAGGAUUUAUGUGAUCGGAGGUUGCGUGAAGCGAAAUGAUCAUUGGAUCGAAGUGUUCGAUAUAGAGAAUCGGAUUUGGAGUAGUGUGCCUCAUCAUCGAUACUGUAACGGUUCUAGUUUGAGAGGAGAAGGGUUUGUGACAUCAGUGGUGAUGCAAAACAAGAUUUACAUUUUGGAUUCUCUGUUUGGUUUUGCUUACGAACCAAGACACGGUACAUUGCAGUCAUUAGGAUUUGAAACUCAGUUCAUGUUUCUUUGGCGCGACCCGUGUUGUGUGAUUGAGGGUUUGUUGUAUUGUAUUGAUCCUAUGUGUGUUCUUGGACAUGCAAUAGUUGUUUAUGAUCCGAAUGAGUUGAUUUGGAGACGUGUGAAGGGGGCAUAUAUUUUGCCUAAGUUUUGUUAUUAUCAGUGUAAAAUGGCGAAUUUUGGUGGGAAGUUGGCAAUUUUGGGAUGUUCUAAUUCCAGCCAGCGUGGUUUGAAAGAUGUUUGGUUCGUAGAGAUUGAGUUGGAAAAUCGUCAAAGUGGUGAGAUUUGGGGGAAGGUCGAUUCAUUGGCGAUUGUGCUUAGAUCAGUGAAGUCGCCUUCCAUUGAUCUGUUUCGCUCUGUUACGUUUUGAUGAUUCGUUUGCAGUUGCAAGGUGAAGGAUCUUUUAUUAUAUCUACUGUUUUAGCAGCUUGUUGAUAUGAAGCAAAAGUGGUGCUGCAGAAGCUGUUAUAUCUUACCUUUGUGCAAAAAUGUGAAUACUCUUACAGAGUUAGCCUUUUCUUGUACUAAAUUCUUAGGAGACUUGUUGAAAUGCAUAUUUGGUUUAGC